AUGACAACUGGACAAAUGGUAACUUUUGAUUUUAUUGGCAAUGGUUAUAUCUUCAAAGUCACCCAAGUUGAUGUGGAAAGCCAUGACAAAACAGACAUUGAAAGAGGCAUGCUUUCAUCUGAUUCGUACAUUGUCUUUGAAGCCUCAAACUCUAGUGGGAUAAAGAUAUCUUUAGAAGAGCUUUUUCCUGUAGGGUUGUCCCUCCACAUGUGGCAACAUGUUAAGGGAAUGUUGUUAUAUGGUCCACCUGGGACUCGGAAGACUCUAAUGGCUCGUCAAACUGGAAAGAUGUUAAAUGGAAGAUACCCAAAGAUUGUAAAUGGGCCUGAAGUGUUGAGGGAUCAAAGUGACUUACAUGUGAUCAUUUUUGAUGAAAUUGAUGCAAAUUGCAAGCUCACCCUUGAUGAUACUACCAAAAAAGUAGAUGAGGAAAGCAUAAAAGUCACCAUGGAUGAUUUCUUGAAUGCUCUUUAUGAAGUUAUUCUUGCAUUUGGUGCUUCCAUGGAUGGCCUUGAACGCUGCAGACUGAAUGGAAUACUUGAAUGUGGUCAAAAACAUGAUCACAUCUUCAAAAGGACAAUGCUAUUAGGCGAUGCAGUAUGGAUCGGGUCAGCCUACGCGUAG